AUGAGGCAAUAUAAAGAGGCCUGUAGCUCGUCUGCAAGUAUCUCCAUCAAGCAUCCGGCAACCAGCUUCUCGGGACACUCACUGAACUCCGGUUCGCAUAUCAACUUCCAAGACCUCUUCAAAGUCUCUCAGAUCAAUCUCACAAUGGCUGCUCGUGCCUCUGCUCUCAUGCUCCUUGGAGCCUCCGUCGCCAUGGCCGGACCUCUUGCCCCUCGCCAGGCAACUGUCACCGUCACCCACACCGCCGAGGCUGCUCCUGCUGCCACAGCUUGGGAUGCCGGUGCUGUUCACCAGUUCCCCAUCCACGCUUCUUGCAACGCUACCCAGCGUAGCAUGAUUCAGAAGGGUCUCGAUGAGACAAUGACCAUCGUCAGCCAUGCCCGCGACCACAUCCUCCGCUUCGGCAACAACUCCGAGGUCUACACCAAGUACUUUGGCGAAGCUCCCACUGGUGAGCCUCUUGGUUGGUUCACCAAGAUUGCCGACGGCGACAAGUCUGGCAUCCUCUUCCGCUGCGACAACAUUGACGGUAACUGCGACCAAGAGGGCUGGGCCGGUCACUGGCGCGGCUCCAACGCGACUUCCGAGACUGUCAUCUGCGACUUGUCCUACGAGAUCCGCAGGCCUCUUUCCACCAUGUGCAUGCUCGGAUACGACGUCGCCAACGGCGCCACCAACACUUUCUGGGCUUCCGACCUUCUUCACCGUGUUCUCCACCUUCCUCAAGUUGGUGAGGGUGUCGUAGAGCACUACAACGACGAGGAAGAGGAGAAGUACCCAGGAACCCUCGCUCUUGCCAAGAACAACGCUACCUACGCCGCGAGGAACAGCGACACUCUGCAGUACUUUGCUCUUGAGGCUUACGCCCAUGACAUCGUCGUUCCCGGUGUUGGCUGCCCUGGCACUUACACCCCUCUUGAGGAAGAGUCUUCCGCUGCUGCCACCAGCACUGCUUCCGCCACCGCCUCCGCAUCUGCUGCUCCUGCCUCUGCCUCUGCUACAGCCACCUCAUCUGCCGCUGCCGCCCCUGCCGAGGCCUGCGAGCCUCACGACGACCACUGGCACUGCCCUCCCGGCGUCCCUGAGCCCACCUCUCCUCCUGCUUAA